AGCCAUCAAAUGUCACGUGUGGUGUGAGUUUUUCUAGCGUCCAUCCAUGCACACAACCAAUUUUGGAGUCAGAGUGCACUCGCACGAUUUCAAUCAAAUCACGAAUCCUGAUGAGGGGCAUGGCAUGCAAUCAGCUCCAGAUCAUCUAUCCAUUCGAUUGACUCGUGACUCGCGCACCUCGCUACGACCAAGUCGCAAACACUCCAAACCCUUCGCGCUCGCAUCGUGUCUCCGACUGCAAGGUCAGAGAGCAAAAGACAGACGGCACUGCAGCAAUACCCGGGAUAGGACUUUCUAGCUGUCAAAGCCUCCGCCGUAA